AUGGUGGAAGCAGGUCAAAAUGCCGCAAUCGACAACUUGGAUAAGGAUCAAAUGAAAACAUUCUCCGAUUUUCUGAUGUCCUAUAAUAAAUUAUCCGAAAUGUGUUUCACAGAUUGUAUACGCGAUUUUACUACGCGUGUGGUGAAAGACAAUGAGGAGCGCUGUGCACUCAAUUGUAUGGAAAAGUACCUGAAAAUGAAUCAACGUGUUUCACAACGCUUCCAAGAGUUCCAAAUGAUUGCCAACGAAAAUGCUUUAGCAAUGGCGCAAAAAUCUGGGAGACUUUAACAUGUUGCUGUGCGACAAUUGUAUUCACGAUAAGCACAAUAAAUUGUGUAUUGUUCAUUUAGUAAGUCCUAAGUACUUGCGAAUGCAUUUCCUCAGCAGCAAACAUUUAGAUUUACUAACUUCACUAUUUUAUUGUUUGAUAAAAGUAAAAAAUAAU